AUGGAGGAUCUGGAUGCCCUCUUGGCUGACCUGGAGACAACAGCAUCGAGCCUGAAGCCUGCUCCAUGUGGAAAGGUGCCUGGGGGUGACACAGAGCAGCUCUACAGCACGGUGCAGAAGCCGCGGCCGCCCCCCCCCGGCCUCGGGGAGCUCGAUCGGCUCCUGCGGGACCUGAAUGCGACGCACGGAGGCAUCGCAGAGGAGCUCUCGGCCCAGGCCCCCCCCUCGCAGCCCCCAUUGGACGCCAUUGAGGAUGGAGCAGCCCCGGCUGGCCCCAAGGGCCCCCCAUCCGCAGCCACCCAGGAGCUGGACGCCCUCAUGGCCUCCCUGGCCCGCUUCCACCUCCAGCCCCAGCGCCCCCCAAGUGUGGGGCAGGACCUGGACUCGCUCCUGAGGCUGCUGCAGAGGGACCUGGACAGGAAGGGGGUGCCCAUGGGGGGCAGGGGCCCCUGUGGGGGGUGCAUGAAGCCCAUUGCUGGGAAGGCGCUGCUGGCGCUGGGGCGCUGGUGGCACCCGCGUCACUUCCGGUGCGCCGCCUGCGGGCAGUCGCUGGAAGGGAGCGCCUUCUUCGAGCGCGAUGGCGCCCCCUACUGCCCGGAGGACUACGGGCGGCUGUGCGCCCCCCCCUGCGCCGCCUGCGGCCGCCCCAUCCUGCACCAAGUGGUGACGGCGCUGGACAAGACCUGGCACCCGGAGCACUUCUGCUGCACCCAUUGCGGGGGGGUGCUGGGGGAGGAGGGGUUCCUGGCCCGGGACCUCCUCCCCUACUGCCCCCGGGACUUUGGGCUCCUCUUUGGGGGCCGCUGCCGGGGCUGCGCCCGCCCCAUCCAGGCCGGGUUCAUCGCGGCCCUGCAGGGGCUCUGGCACCCCCAGUGCUUCGUGUGCGCGGAAUGCUCCUCUCCCAUCACCGGAGGCUCCUUCUUCGAGGCCGACGGGCGCCCCCUGUGCCAGCGCCAUCCCCGGCCCCAUUCCCAGCCCCAUUCCCAGGGGAGCUGCUCCUUCUGCCUCCAGCCCUUCCAUGGGGCUGCCCCACAGCAGCGCGAUGGGAAGCUCUACUGCCCGCUCUGCGCCCAGCUCCUGCUCCACUGA